AUGCUGACCACUCUGCCCAUUCUGUUCCUCCUGUGUUGCUUUUUUGCUCGCUUUGUCUUUCUCGAUCAACGAUCCCUACGGCAUUCCAUAGACCUUGGCAUUUCCACUCUCGCUCAAGCAUGGGGGCUGGAGAGAGGGGGUCGGUGGGCUUGCACGGCCACCCAUUUGUCCUACCGCCGACGCCCUCCCGCCUCUCUCCUUUGGGGGGAGGCUUGCCUGAAUCUUGGAAUUGGUUGGGUUUCUUUCGAGGAGCCCAACCUAUCUCUUUUUACGUUACAUAUAUUACGUAAGCAUGACAAUGGCACGUACUGUCAUUUUUAUAUGCCCGCAGAAGAGACCCAAACACGAUCAGAUGCCAAGACUGUGACUGACUGA